AAUGUGAAACAAGCUCUUCUACUUUCAUAAUUAAUUAAUUGGUCCCUUCACCGGAAGAACAGCUUUCUCUCUUCUACGCAAUCAAAUUCCUCUUCACUUUUCCCCCACCAUUCUCUCUCUUUCUCGCCAUACUCUGGACAAAUCCCAUCUUCGAGUAAGUACAUUUUUCUAUUCAUGGCAGUUCGAGAUCAAUUUAGUACUAGUACUAAUUCCAACUGUUGUUAGAUUUUGAUUUUUUUCACAUACUCGAAUCAAUCUGUAUUACAUUGGGCGUGGUGAUAGUUCAGAUUCGCAUCUUCUUGUAUUCAUUUCAACAUGAACAUCUUGAUCUGUCUGGUUCGUUCGUCAUCUACAGAUUCCUUCACACUCGCUGAUUCUAGUAUCGUUACAUCAUCGUGGCGAUAGAUUCAUGUUUAGAGAUGAUUGCAACUGUCUAACAUAUAUUUAGAUGAGGACUAUGCGUCUUUUCUGAGAUCGUUAUUGUUCUAAAUGCAAAUUUCAGCUUCUACUGAGUUAUUCGUUUUAGGUUGCUUGCUUCCACAAAAUUGAAAAUGGGUUUUCCUUGACAAGGUAAAGGAAAGGAAAAUUUGUGCAGAUUUUGUAGAAAAACAUGGACUUGCAAGGUAAUCACUCAGCUGAACAUGGGAGGUUUGAACAAAUAGUUUCUCAAUUUCUUAUGAAAAGCCUGCAUAUGAUAUUGGAUUCUAGGAUCCCAUCCAUUCAUAAACAUGGCCAUUCUAGUGAAUUUUCUGCUGUUCCAAGUAAAAAGAGCAAUAGAUGGUUCAACUUAGUGCUUGGAGACCGUCCUCCUGCAUUGGAUAAUUUGAGUUUUUGGCAUAGAAAUUUAUUUGAACCGAUGAUUAUUGACAUAAUACUUGUCCAAGAAACGGAAGAUUCUUCUUCCAGUUACGCUCUUUCUGCAGCAUUUGGAUCAGGGAAAUCUGUCGAGACAUUACUAGAAAGGUGGGUUGUUCAGUAUGAAUAUUCCAAGUCAAUGGUUCCUCAACUUGGAGAGUCUUCUUUAUCUUACAAAAAGAUGUACAAAAAGAUGAUCAUACUCUUGCGUUCCCUUUAUUCAAUGAUGAGAAUGCUUCCAGCAUAUCGGCCUUUUAGAAAGCUAUGUUCCUCAAACCAGUCUUGUGAUUUUGAUAUCAAUUACAAGGUAUUUUCUUUUGGCGCUCCAUUUUCAAAGGAUCAAGAGAAAGUAAUGAAGCACUACAGCUUUUGUCCUGCUGAUUCAGCGCAGGGUCGUCUCUGUGUUUCCAUAGCAUAUCGUGAAAGCUUGUCUGACUUGAACCUUGAAACUUCUACCUCGUUUCCCCCACAAAUAAUUGCUGAUUAUGUUGGUAGCCCUGCUGCAGACCCAUUUAGGGCUUUCCCAUCUUCAAACAAGGGAGUAUCAGCUACCUCUUUCCCAUUGCAGGGAAAUAUAUCAUCUAGAUCACCUUCAUCAAUGCAAUUUCAACGUCCACACAGUUGGACAAGUGGGCUCCACAAGGCGCAACCUUUAGUUCGAGCCUUAAGUGGGUCUCCCCCUGUUUAUAGCACAUCCACCACACCUUAUGGUUCUUCUUCCCCUUCUGGAUUGCAACCUAAUCAUAAGACAAUCAGUUUUGAAGAUUACCAGCUUUCACCACCUUUCUCACCAUCUCCUUCUUCAUCUUCCCCGAACUAUCUUCCUAGUGACAAUUCUAUGCAAACCCGCCAUCUAUCUGAAACAGCUCCUGUAUGCAUUCCACAUCCCAUGAUGGUGAGAAGUCCUAAAUACCAAUUCCCUAACCUUUCUGAUCCAAGUCGGCAUCCACUUCCUCCCCUAUCUCCCAGAAGCACAAAGUUGGAUAAUUCAUCUCAUGAGUCUGCUUCAGGCAUACGGAUGUUGAGGAAAUCAGAAUCAGUAAAGAUUGGGGAAUUUUAUUCUGGGACGAUUAAUCAAUCUUUUGGUCACAAGGUUUUGAAAGACAGCAAGGAUGAUUCAGGCCGUUUCUCAGGUGUCCUAUCAUCUAGUGACUCCCCACGCUUUGGAUUUUCUAGAAGCUCCAGUAGACUAUCUUUACAGGAUGAUUUAGAUGAUGAUUUUUCAUGUCCUUUUAUAGUUGAUGACGUUGACUCACCUGUCAGAUACAGUCAUGAGGAGAAAAAGGUUGGAACGGAGUUCAGUUCACAGACAUCUUCAACAAAUAGAAAAUCUCAAGAUGCUGCUGUGGGUGCCCUUGUUCACAUGUUGAGGACAGCGCCUCCUCUGCGCCAGGAUCCAAGCUAUUACUCUACUUUUUCGUCCAGCAGGACAGAAGCUGAAAGAGAAACUUCUGGUUCAGCAUCAAACUUCUUCCUCCCUCGGAAGACAUCAGACGCCCUUGAGGAACUAAAGGGUUACCGAGAAAUGAAACAAAUGCUACUCUCCAAAAGUGGAAAUUGAACAAUAAUGAAAGCCGUUGCUUGUGUAGUUGAGUAGAUUUGGUUUGGUUUGAUUUGGUUUGUUUAGUAGAAAGGUGAGGAGCUGGAUGGCUUUUGUUGUGUUUAACAUGUUUAAAAUAGUGGUAAUAGUAAUUAAUGUAUACAAUUCUUUCAGCUCUUGUAAUGACUGUAGAUUAGAAUUUGAAUGUAAUGCUAAAUGUAACAGAUCUUUGAUGAUUUUCAAUCAAAAAUGUAAGUUUUACUGUUGGAUUCUA